AUCACAGCCGCUAGCCAUAGCAGAGAAGAAAAGAACUAACAACUAAGUGAGAGGAAAUGUCAAAAAUGGAGGAGGGGAAGCUGGAGAAACCAAAUGCGAAAGAGAGAAGCAAACACGAAGAAGAAGAACUUCCUCUAAUGGCGUUGAACCACGUGUCGAGGCUGUGUAGAAAUGUGGAGGAGUCGGUGGAUUUCUACACCAAAGUUUUGGGGUUCGUUAAGAUUGAGAGGCCGCCAGCUUUCGACUUUGAUGGUGCUUGGCUAUUUAAUUAUGGAAUUGGGAUUCACUUGGUGCACUCAGAGGAUGAGGAGAGGCUUCCUGCGGAUACUGAUCGCUUGGAUCCCGUGGACAACCACAUCUCAUUCCAGUGUGAAGACAUGGAAGCAAUAGAGCGGAAACUGAAGGACCUGAAUAUAAAGUACAUUAAAAGAUCAGUGGAGGAUCAUGAAAAUAAAACAACAAUUGACCAGCUCUUCUUCAAUGACCCAGAUGGAUUCAUGAUUGAGAUGUGCAAUUGUGAGAAUAUCAAGCUUGUUCCUGCAGGUCCCUUGGGGAACAUAAAGCUACCAGUUGAUAGGCAUACUCCUCCUGUUGAUCUCAACCAGAAUAUCAAGGAUGCUAAUAAAUAGGUUAAUGUUUGGGCGGGGCUGCCAAAUGUUAGAGAGUAUGUUGGGGUUUGCUAGGUUUGCAAUUAAUUAUUUUUCUUAAGAGUUUUUUUUUUAAUGUAAGCUAGGCCAUUGCUAAAGAUUUUCUGGCAAG